AUGUCGUGGAUGAGCAGCGAGAUGGGCACCCCCGGCGGAUCACCAACGUCUGCGAUGCCGUUCUCCGGGCCCCUUCUGUCCUGCGUGACCAGCUUGCCGCGGCGAUGCACCGGCUUCUUUAGAUACUCCGCGACUCCCAACUGCACAGCACCGCGAUCACCGAAGCUCAAGCGCGGGGAUGCCGGCGGGUCGCGUCCUCCUCCGCAACUUUGGCGCCUUGUUGGGCGCGUUAGGCUCGGCGCGGCGCGGCUUUGGGGGCGGCUCCUGGGCAUGCGCGAGCGGCCUAUGCACCUGCUCAUGGACAUUGCUCUGUGUGUCACUCUUGUGGUGGUGAUGUGGUGGCUGCUCAUGUGGUGCAGGCGCCGUCACCCCCUGUCGGAGGAACAGCUGGCGCGCCUUCUGGGACCGCUCUCCAAGCCGUGGUCUGUGCUGGUGCAGCACGAAGGCGCCGCGGACCGCCUGAGCAAGGUGAUACUGGUGGAGGAAUGGCUUGCGCGGUGUUCUAGCAGAGGCACUCCGUUGGCUGAGUGCAAGGAGCCGCUGCUGCUCUCGCCGCACAUGCUCCCGUCGUGGACUCUGCACGUCGUGGAGGAGGACUGCGCGGACUGCACGGACCAGCAGACUUACGCCAGCGCUGUCGAAGGCGUAGUGCUGCAGGCGCGCCACGCCGUGUUCGCGACGUCGGCUGCCCCGCUGGGCCGUGUCGGGCCGAUGCUGCUGGCGAUGGCGAGCGUGACGGACGACGUGGAUGUGCGCGCGGAGCUGCCGCAGUGGGAGUGGCUGCGGCACGUGCACGGCAGCGGCUUUCCGGCGGUGGGUGGCGCGGCUGGGGGGUCUGCGCCGCCGCGCGCACCGUAUCUGGCGGUGAUGGGCAUCCCGUCGACGGAUCAGCGCCCGCGCGCCGCCCUGCGUGAGGCGCAGCGCAAGACGUGGCUCGCGUACCAGGAGGUGGCGCGCCGCGACAACCACUUUACUGGCGCGCUGCUGGCGCUCUACGUCUUCGCCGCGGCGGAGCCGAUGGUGCCUGUGGAUCUGGCCUCCGAUGAGCAGACGCGUUCAGCGACCAUGAAAGGAUACGCACAGGACAACGCCUCCACACCUUUCCACCACACGACUGCGCUGCUGCCAAGCUUAAGAGAGUAUGAUGCGGCCUCAUGCGUCCUUGCGACAGGCAACACCACUGGUGACUGCGCCGCUGAGGACUUCGCGCCCCGCCGAGUGGUCCUUCGCCGUGGUUGGCAGUCUACGGGUAUUCCGAGCCCACCCUGUGAUCGAGUCCUCAGAACAUCUGGCAGCAGCGAGGGAGCUCCAACGUCUGCGCUGUCGUACCUGAGCGAUGUCCUGUCGCUCCCCGUGACGCCGGCGUUCACGUCGCCGGCGGAGUACAUCUGCCACGCGUCGUCUGCGCUGUGGCAGGAGGCGCUGACGCACCGCAACGUCCUGUGGAUCGACAUGAUGACGGACCGGCGGCCAACGACCAAGAAGAAGCUCGGCGAGAUAAUCAACUGGGGCCUGCCGGUGGAGGUUGGGAUGAGCCAGAAGCUGAUCCUGUGGCUGGCGUACGCGUACCACGCCUUCAGGGAUGUCCCUUUCAUCAUCAAGGGCGACGACGACGCGUACAUGAAGGUGCCGCAGUUCCUGAGUGAUGUGCGGUACGUGGUGAGAAGCAUGCAGCCCCGGCCACCGCCUCCGCCUGCCGAUGCCGCCAACCGCAGCACGUGCGCGCUGGACAUGGGCAGGGCAGAGUGCAUGUACUGGGGCGGCAUGCGUCUCUUUCGACAACGUACGUAUAACGCUGGCAUGACCUUUAUGCUGCACCGUCUGCUCGCUCGAGUCGUGCUGGAGCCUCAUCCGAACGGGGAGCCUAACGUCGCAGUGCUGCUGGCCGCGACAGACUUCGACCCUUCAUUGUCGCGGGUUUACUACGGUCUUGUGUUUUUCCACGAGGAUGUUCUGCUUGGGCUGCUCAUCCGAAAUGCGCUCCGACGCGCACGCGACAUCUGCCCGAACAAUCGUGUCUGGUUCAUCAAGGAGGGCUUAGCUCGUUUCCAUGACGUGCACCGAGGCGACUACCACGACGUGACGUGGUCGACGGUCGUGGCGCACCGCUGCACCCCCGCUGAUGAUUACUACCUUCACCACUUCUUCCAGAGGGAGCACUAUGCCACGUUGGCCAGCUCGGGCGGGAAACGCCGCGCUGAGAGAGCCGCUGUGGCGCAGGCGGCGGCGUGGGUGGCGGAGCACCGGCGCACCAUGGGGUCCGAGGUGGUGGGCUGGGACGCCAUGCCGGCUGUGCAGUGGGUCCGCGAUGUGAAGCGGACGCCUGCGUACGACAUGGCGGAGGCGGAUGGGGUGCCGGUGUACCGCAUCGAGUACAAGUACUGGGCACACUGGUUCACGGCUGUCGAUGAUGGGCUCUACUCUUUACCGCAGAACUGA